AUGGCUUCUAAGCGGUUUGUUGGCACCAUGGCAAUCUUGGCAUUUGUUCUUCCUGUUGUGGCCAUGCUGCUAAAAGUAUUAUGGUCAAUUCUCAUACAUGCAGUCUUCAAAUGCACGGCAGGACGACACAAUGUCUUCAAAGUGAAUGGUACGGCCUUCAUGAACUGCACUAUACCACUAGCAAAUGAAGCUCUUUCCACUGGAAAUGAUGUAAUUACACUGGCCGCCCCUAGAAGGAAGUGGUACAUUUGUGGUGUAAAUGACCAUUGCGCCAACUAUGGACAGAAGCUUGCCAUCACUGUAUUGGAAGCAUCAACAUCUCCUGCACCAGCCCCCUCCACCCCCACAGCACCAGCACCCAGCUCUGCUCAUGGGAUCUCUGGGUCCGGGUAUCAUCUUCUGAUGGCAGCCAUGGUUGCUGUUGCAUUCCUAGUUGUUUGGCCUGUUUUUACUCCAGAAGAACCUUAG